CUUUCACACGCUGCAGUUGGGUGGGGGCGCGACUGCAGGAUAUGGUAUAUGGUCACAAAUAAACCAAAAAACAUCUGAAGUGUUAAAAACAGUCGAUGGUACUACACUCACCACGGUCCUGUCGAUGGGCUCCCCGAUGCUGAUUGCUCUGGGCUGCAUCUUCGCUCUCAUGGGCUUGAUUGGCUUUUGUGGCACUUUGAAGAAAAUAAGCUGGAUGCUCUUGGUCUUCUUCGUUGUUGUGCUUAUCAUCUUCAUCCUUCAGGUCAUCGCAGCAGUGUUUCUCCUCCUCCCAAAUUCUGUGAAAGAAAAUGCAUUGAGCAGCUUAGAGGUCAAAUUUGUUGAAAGUCUUCGGACGAAAUAUGAUCAAGACCAAUCAUUCACUGACAUAUGGAAUGUAACUAUGACUAAGCUGAACUGCUGUGGAUACAAAGGCUACAAGGACUUCACAAAUUCAACUUUAAAGGGGAGCUCAGAAUAUCCCAAACAAUGCUGCAAAAGUGUAAAAAAGUGUGAAAAAGUAGAAGCUGAGAAAGAGAAUAUAAGGGGCUGCAUUCAUGUGCUGUUUGAUGAAAAUAUACCCAUAUCUGGAGCUUUGUCAUUUCUGAUCGGCAUUCUAGAGAUUGUUGCCAUGUUUGUUUCGCUGAAAGUCUACCGAUGCUUGAGACGCUUACCUGAUCUCCCGGACCCUUUUUCAAAUAAUCUGUGAUAAACAAAUAUUGAUUUGUUUUUUUCUGAAUCUGUGAAAGUUCUUUGUGCUUUAUGGCAUUUGCCAAAAUACUCAGAUUUUUCUAUGAAGCAUGAUGUGUGGGAACAAAGAAAAUAAAUAUCAAGAAGAAUUUAGCUUUUUUUUUUUUUUAU